AUGUUCAAAUUGGUGCUGUUGUCUUCUGCUUUCGUCAUUGCCGCCGCUGCUCCGCAUGCAACCGUUGUUCAUCAGCCAUCUCUGGUUGCUCACAAGCAUAUCUCCUACCAGAAGAACAUCAUUGAGGAACCAACCGUUGCCCACGUUGGAACCGUCGUCAAGCAUGUCCCAACUGGAGUCACCCACCACAGCUCAUCAGUUGUUCAUGACACAAAGUUCUCCGAACCAAUUUACGCUCACGGUUCGAAGAAAACCAUUGUUGCGACUCCAAUUAAGAAGACCACAUACCAUCACACUGUGGCUGCUGCUCCUGUUCUGACCUACGCCACUGCUCCAAUUGCCAAGGCUAGCUACAUCGAAACAGCUCCAGCUUUGACUUACGCUGCUGCCCCAGCGCUGACCUAUACUGCUGCUCCGAUUGCUAAGACUUCUUAUGUUCAAGCUGCGCCAGCUCUAACUUACGCUACUGCCCCGAUUGCCAAGGCUGCUUAUGUUGAAGCCGCUCCAGCUUAUCCUUAUGCUGCCCCAGCUUUCAAGAAUGCCUAUGUUGAAGCUGACCCAGCAUGGUCCUAUUCCGCUGUUCCAGCUGCUCCCUAUAGCAGCCGCCCAAUGGUCUAUGGAAAGCACUAUUAA